AUUUUAAUAAGUAUACGAUAGUGUCAAUCACUAUAAUAAAUAAAUUCAGUUAAUAAUGGCCACUAAAUGGGGUAUUUAUAGCGCCGGCAAAAUAUGCCACGACUUUGUCGUCUCUGUGUUGAGUAUGAAAACUACUGACCACGAGUUCGUGGCUGUGGGGGCCCGGGAGCUGAAGUCAGCCCAGGAUUUUGCGAAUCUAUUUAAUAUACCGAAGGCUUAUGGAUCUUAUGAGGAGUUGGCCAAAGACAAGGACGUGGAGGUGGUCUACAUCGGGACCGUUAACUCGCAACACCUGUCCGCAGCUAAACUGAUGCUACAAAAUGGGAAACACAUACUCAUGGAGAAGCCGCUCGAUAUGAAUACUAAACAAAACGAGGAGUUGUUCGCAUUGGCUAAGUCUAAGAAGUUGUUCGUAAUGGAGGCGCUCUUGUCUCGAUUCCUGCCCUCCUAUGAGUUCAUUAUGGAUCAGCUCAAGCAGGGGGUCAUUGGGGAUGUA